AUGAGCCUCGCCGCGCCCUGGGCCUUUGGCAUGGACUACCCAGGACGCAAAUUGACGUUUUACGACCAAGGCGAGACCAAUAUCAAUGCCAUUAUCCUACCCCAAAGUGGUAGGGCCGUCGCCAACCUCUUAUCUCCCCCCCUCGAGUCGGCCACGGGCCCCAGCCUAUCCGGGUUCAAGAACCGACUCGUCUACACGGCGUCCUUUUGCCGCUUCGCCGAGGGCCAGAAGCAGCUUGCCGAGGGCGACGCGGCUUGGUUCGGCAAGAUGCUUUAUGCUCGUGUCUUUUUCCCAGAUGGCUCCGGAAACCAUGAGACGCGGCGUGGAUUGCACAAUGAGGUCUUGGGGCAUGAGCAGGAGAACCUGGAUGACUUUACCAAGAUUGCCAUUACCAAGGUUGAGUCGGGCAGCACAUACCCGUGA